AUGAGGCAGCCGGUUAUCAUACAGAUAGAAAGUAUUUACUAUCCCAUUUUGGCAAUUGUUGGUGUUCCUGCGAAUGUGGUGACGCUUGUGAUUCUCUCCCGUGGACGGUGUGAACUUUCAAAAUGCAUCACCCAAUAUCUUCUGGCCAUGGCAGCAGCGGAUCUGGCUUUCCUGAUAUUUGAUGUAAUACUUUAUGAGAUUAAUGAUUCACAUUUUCCAUAUUCGGUACUCAACUAUACUCCAGCAUGUCGUCUUAUUCUCACAUUGAAUUUUGCUUCUGUUCACUGCUCUGUGUGGUUAACUGUAGCAUUCACCUUCGACAGAUUUGUCGCAAUCUGCUGUCAGAAUCUACGCACAAAAUAUUGCACAUCAAAAACAUCAAUUGUGAUCAUUACAGCUGUGUGCCUUUUGGGGAGUUUACAAAGUGUUCCUUUUUAUUUUAUAUAUAUGCCCCGUGAUAUAGUUGAUAAUCUACCGUGGUCUUGUGCUGUAAAAACAAGCUUUUAUACGUUACCCAUAUGGAUCGCAUUUUUGUGGGUGGAAGUAUUUUUUACCCCAUUUCUUCCAUUUAGUUUAAUACUUUUCUUGAAUGUACUGACGAUCAAGUACAUUGUGCAAGCUAACAGAGUGAGAAGAGGACUCCUCAGAAUCGGUAGUGCAAAGAAGGACAAGGAUCCAGAGAUCGUGAACCGAAGAAAAUCAAUGAUUUUACUGCUAGCCAUAUCAGGAAAUUUUAUAAUUUUAUGGUUCGUAAAUUUUGUAUCUUAUGUUUAUUCACAAUUUACAGACACACAGUUUUUAGAAGCAAAUUUCAACGAUCCAUUUACUAUCCUCGAGCAAACCGGAUAUAUACUUCGGACUAUCAGUUGUUGCGUUAACACUUUCAUUUAUGCAGUUUCACCGCGUAAGUUUCGAGAGGAGUUUAAAAAUAUGAUUAAAUGUCCCCCGACUGUAUUAGUAAAAUUAUUGAAGUAA